CGUCGUAUUCACGAGGCGGGUCUAGUGCUCGGUUGUAGAUUUUGAUUGGAGUUAUUUCUCUCUGAGGUUUGACUAAAAACCGUCUCCUUGUACCUGGUUGGUCUGCUGGCAGGAAGUAGCUCUCCCGGGCUGAAGCCGUCGCCUUGCCCUCACUGCUCUCUGUUUUAUUCCCAUCGAGAAGUGUGAGUGCGGCUCCAGCGAGAGAGCGGUGCAAUGAUAAAAGCCGCAUAUGCGGUAGGCUACACACCUAUCAGGCAGGAAAAUACCCACGAAACAGCCUCACCCCGGUUCUCUUUGCAUCACAGCCUUAUCCACGACUCUGAGUGAAACCUAUAGUGCCAGUAGAACCAUGUCCAAGCCAACGGGGGGCGGUGUCAACGAUGUCACCCGCUUGCUGACAUCGGGGGCCACGCAACCAGGGUCUCCCACCUCCAACUCUACCUUCUCCGCAGCCAGCCAGGCCGACUGGGCGGCUAAGAGGCUGGUGUGGGUGCCGUCGGAGAAGCAUGGCUUUGAGUCGGCCAGUAUUCGGGAGGAGCGCGGUGAUGAGGUGGAGGUUGAGCUGACAGACAGCCAGAGGAAGGUGACUCUGUCCAGGGAGGAGGUGCAGCGAAUGAACCCCCCGCGCUUCAGCAAAGUAGAGGACAUGGCCGACCUCACCUGCCUCAACGAAGCCUCGGUGCUGCACAACCUGAGAGAGAGAUACUACUCUGGCUUGAUAUAUACAUAUUCAGGGCUGUUCUGUGUGGUGGUCAAUCCUUACAAGAACCUGCCCAUCUACACAGACUCCAUCGUGGAGAUGUACCGGGGCAAAAAACGCCACGAGAUGCCCCCACACAUCUACGCCAUAUCAGAGGCCGCCUAUCGCAGCAUGCUACAAGACAGAGAAGAUCAGGCAAUCCUCUGCACAGGCGAGUCUGGAGCUGGGAAAACCGAGAACACUAAGAAAGUCAUCCAGUAUAUGGCUCAUGUUGCCUCCUCCCAUAAGAGUGGCACUCUGGGUAGGAACAAGGAAGCUAUACAGAUGGACGGCUCUAGGUCCUUAACAAGAGGCUGUUCUUUGGUGAACAGGAGCAUGCAAUAUGGCGAGCUGGAGAGACAGCUGCUGCAGGCCAACCCCAUACUGGAGGCCUUCGGCAACGCAAAGACUGUUAAAAACGACAACUCCUCUAGAUUCGGUAAAUUCAUCCGCAUUAAUUUUGAUGUGGCGGGGUACAUUGUUGGUGCCAACAUCGAAGCCUACCUCCUUGAAAAGUCCCGGGCCACCCGUCAGGCCAAAGAUGAAAGGACGUUCCACAUCUUUUACCAGUUAUUGUGUGGAACUUCAGAGGAGACAAAAGCUGACCUGCUCUUAGGAACUGCUGAUGAGUACCGCUUUCUCAGUGGAGGCUCCAUCCCGGUUACUGGUCAGAGCGAUUCAGAUAACUUCACCCAGACCAUGGACUCCAUGGCUAUAAUGGGCUUCAACCCAGAGGAAUCCUCAGCCAUGCUUAAGCUGAUCUCCGCUGUGCUCCAGUUUGGGAACAUUUCAUUCAUGAAGGAGAAGAACCACGAUCAGGCCUCAAUGCCUGAUAACACGGCUGCUCAGAAACUGUGCCAUCUGCUGGGCAUCAACGUGCUGGAGUUCACUCGGGCCAUCCUUACUCCCAGAAUCAAAGUGGCUCGAGAGUAUGUGCAGAAGGCCCAGACGAAAGAACAGGCUGACUUUGCUGUGGAGGCGUUGGCGAAGGCAACAUAUGAGCGUCUGUUCAGAUGGCUGGUCCACAGGAUCAACAGAGCUCUGGAUCGCAGACAGAGACAGGGAGCCUCCUUCAUAGGCAUCCUUGAUAUCGCUGGAUUUGAGAUCUUCCAGCUGAACUCCUUUGAGCAGCUGUGUAUCAACUACACCAACGAGAAGCUGCAGCAGCUCUUCAACCACACCAUGUUCAUCUUGGAGCAGGAGGAGUACCAGCGGGAGGGCAUCGAGUGGAACUUCAUCGACUUCGGCCUUGACUUGCAGCCCUGCAUUGACCUCAUUGAGAAACCAGCCCACCCGCCUGGUGUUCUGGCCCUGCUGGAUGAAGAGUGCUGGUUCCCGCGGGCGACAGACCGCUCAUUUGUGGAGAAGCUGUCUGCUGAGCAAGGCACCCAUCCAAAAUUCUUCAAACCAAAGCAGCCACGCGGGGAAGUCGACUUCUCCAUCAUUCACUAUGCUGGCAAGGUGGACUACAAGGCACAUGAUUGGUUAGUGAAGAACAUGGAUCCUCUGAACGACAACGUGGCGUCUCUUCUCCACCAGUCGUCGGAUAAUUUUGUCUCAGAGCUUUGGAAGGAGGAUAUUCAAACUCUUCCUCGCGUAUACUUCUUUGAUUCCUUUGCCACACUCCAGACUAAUGGCUCCGACAUGGACAGAAUCGUGGGUCUGGACCAGGUGUCGACAGGAGAAAACGCCGGGCCGGUCACGUUCGGAGCGUCGGGGCUGAAGACGAAGAAGGGGAUGUUUAGGACCGUUGGUCAGCUUUACAAGGAGUCUCUCACGAAGCUGAUGGCCACGCUGAGGAACACCAAUCCCAACUUCCUCCGCUGCAUCAUCCCCAACCACGAGAAGAAGGCCGGUAAGCUGUCCCCCAACCUCGUUUUGGACCAACUGAGGUGUAAUGGAGUUCUGGAGGGGAUCCGUAUCUGCAGACAAGGCUUCCCUAACCGCAUCCCAUUCCAGGAGUUUAGACAGAGAUAUGAGAUCCUGACUCCUAAUGCUAUUCCUCGCACCUUCAUGGACGGCAAACAGGCAUCAGAACUCAUGAUCCGAGCUUUGGAGCUGGAUCACAACCUGUUCAGGGUGGGUCAGAGCAAAGUCUUCUUCAGAGCCGGAGUCCUGGGUCACCUGGAAGAAGAAAGAGACCUAAAGAUCACAGACACCAUCAUACGCUUCCAGAGCUCCUCCAGAGGCUACCUCGCACGCAAAGCCUUCAUGAAGAAGCAGCAGCAGAUGAGCGCACUGAGGGUGAUGCAGAGGAACUGUGCUGCUUACCUCAAACUCAGAAACUGGCAGUGGUGGCGGCUAUUCACCAAGGUGAAGCCCCUGCUGCAGGUGACCCGGCAAGAUGAGGAGAUCCAGGUUAGGGAGGCCGACCUCCAGAAGGCCAAGGACAACCUCACCCGAGUGGAGCAGGACUACACAGACCUGGACAAGAAGCAUAUUCAGCUGAUCGAGGAGAAGGCUGUGCUGGCUGACCAGCUGCAGGCGGAGGCAGAGCUGUUUGCGGAGGCAGAGGAGAUGAGGGCCCGGUUGGCAAGUCGGAAGCAGGAGCUGGAGGAGGUGCUGGGCGAGAUGGAGAGUCGAUUGGAGGAAGAGGAGGAGAGAGGCGUGCAGAUGACCAAUGAGAAGAAGAAGAUGCAGCAGAAUGUUCAGGACCUGGAGGAGCAGUUGGAGGAGGAGGAAAGUGCCCGACAGCGCCUCCUGCUGGAGAAGGUUACCUUGGAGACCAAAGUGAAGAGUCUGGAAACUGACCUGCUGAGUGCAGUGGAGCAGAGAGACCGACUCAGCAAGGAGAAGAAACAGUUUGAAGAGCGUCUGAGCGAGGUGACCGAUCAGCUCACUGAGGAAGAGGAGAAAACUAAAAGUCUCAACAAACUUAAGAACAAGCAAGAAGCUGUCAUCGCUGACCUAGAGGAGCGCCUGAAGCGUGAGGAGCAGGGUCGCUUGGAGCAGGAGAAGUGGAAGAGGAGGAUGGAGAACGACUCGGUGGAGGCCCAGGAGCAGCUGUCGGACCUGGGCAUGCUGUCUGGCGAGCUGAGGGGCAGUCUGGCUCAGAAGGAGAAGGAAAUCACCACCCUGCAGGGCCGGUUGGAAGAAGAAGGAGCGCGUCGUGCUGAAGCUCAGAGGGCACUGAGGGAGGCCAUGUCCCAGGUAUCUGAGCUGAAGGAGGAAGUGGAGAAUGAGCGAGGGAUGAGGGAAAGGGCAGAGAAACAGAGGCGAGACCUUGGGGAGGAGCUGGAGGCUUUGAGAACUGAGCUGGAGGACACUCUGGACACCACAGCUGCCCAGCAGGAGCUAAGGUCUCGUCGGGAGGCGGAGUUAAAUGAUCUCCAGCGGUGUGUUGAAGAUGAGACUCGUCGCCACGAGGUCCAGCUAUCAGAACUCAGAGUCAAACACAGCUCCGCCAUAGACAACCUCCAGGAACAACUCGACAAUAGCAAGAGAGCACGUCAAUCCCUCGAGAAGGCUAAAUCGGUGCUGGAGGAAGAGAGGCAGAAUUUGAGCUCUGAGCUUAAGAGCCUCCAAGCGAGCCGCACGGAGAGCGAGCGAGGCCGCAAGAGGGCCGAGGGUCAGCUGCAGGAGCUCGGCGCCCGACUGACUCAGGCUGGCUCAGAGCGGGAGGAAAAGGAAGAGCGAGUGCACAAGCUACAGAUUGAGAUUGAGGCUCUCUCCAGCAAUGUGUCCUCCUCUGACACCAAAACCCUUCGGCUCACUAAAGAGGUCAGCAGCCUGGAGAGCCAGCUGAAUGAUGCAAAGGAACUUCUGCAGGAUGAAACUCGUCAGAAGAUGGCUCUGGGCUCGAGGGUGCGAGCGCUGGAGGAGGAGAAGAACGGACUGAUGGAAAGGCAGGAGGAGGAGGAGGAGAGAGCCAAAGAGUUGACCCGGCAGAUUCAGACUCAUACCCAGCAGCUGGCAGAGCUUCGUAAGCAGUCGGAGGAGGUGAACACUGCGGUGGAAACCGGAGAGGAGACGCGCAGGAAACUCCAGAGAGAGCUGGACAGCGUCGUCCAGAGAGAGCGACAGAAGGAGGAGGAGAAGGAGAGGGUGGAGAGGCAGAGGGAGCGCCUGAGGGAGGAGAUAGAGGACAUGACCCUCGCCCUGCAGAGAGAGAGACAGAACUGUACGUCCCUGGAGAAGAGGCAGAAGAAGUUUGACCAGUGUCUGGCAGAGGAGAAGGCGGUGAGCGCCCGGCUGGCAGAGGAAAGGGACCGAGCAGAAGCAGACAGUCGAGAGAAGGAGACGAGACAUCUGGCACUUUCCCGAGCCCUGCAGGAGGCCCAGGACGGGAGGGAAGAGCUAGAGAGGGCCAACAAGCAGCUCCGUCAGGAUAUGGAACAGCUUGUAAACCAGCAGGACGACGUUGGCAAGAAUGUCCAUGAGCUGGAGCGCACCCGCAGGACCUUAGAUACAGAAGCUCAGAACCUGCGAGUUCAGACGCAGGAGCUGGAGGAGGAGCUGACGGAGGCGGAGAACUCGAGGCUGAGGCUGGAGGUCACCCUGCAGGCGCUCAAGGCUCAGUUUGAGCGGGAGAUAAGCACUAGCGAGGAGAAGGGAGAGGAGAAGAGGAGGGCGCUCAGCAAACAGGUGAGAGAGUUGGAGAUCCAGCUGGAGGAGGAGAAGAGUCAGCGGUCUCAGUCUGUGUCGUCCAAGAAGCAGCUGGAAGCAGAACUGCAGGAAGCCGAGGCCCAGGUGGAGAACACCAGCCGCGGAAAAGAGGAUGCUAUGAAGCAGCUACGGAGGCUGCAGGGUCAAAUGAAAGAAGUGCUGCGCGAGCUAGAUGAGAGCAAGUUGACUCGGGAUGAGGUGAUCGCUCAGUCGAAAGACAGCGAAAAGAAAAUUCAAAGUCUGGAAGCAGAAGUCCUGCAGUUCACUGAGGAGCUUUCUGUAUCAGACAGGCAGAAGAGACAGGCUCAGCAGGAGAGAGACGAGAUUUCCGAUGAGAUGGUCAACAGCAGCUCUGGAAAGACCGCACUGUUUGAAGAGAAGCGGAGGUUAGAUGCACGAGUCAGCCAGCUGGAGGAGGAGCUGGAGGAGGAGCAGAGUAACUCUGAGCUGGUGGCGGAGAGACAAAGGAAGACUAUUCUACAGAUGGAGACUAUGACCGUGCAGCUGCAGGGAGAGAGGACUUUGGCCCAGAAGGCAGAGGCGGCUCGGGAGCAACUGGAGAGGCAGAACAAGGAGCUGAAGUCCCGACUGGGGGACAUGGAGGGAGCCGUGAGGGGCAAACACAGGCUCAGCGUCGCCGCCCUGGAGGCCAAGAUAGACUCGAUGGAGGAGCAGCUGGAACAGGAGAGACAGGAACGAGCCAUUGCCAACAAACUGAUGCGGAAGACGGAGAAGAAACUGAAAGAGGUGAUGAUGCAGGCAGAAGACGAGAGAAGACACGCAGACCAGUACAGAGAGCAGCUGGAUAAAUCAAUGGUCCGCCUGAAGCAGCUGAAGAGGCAGCUGGAGGAGGUGGAGGAGGACAACUCUCGCUCCAACGCCCAGAAGAGGAAGCUGCAGAGAGAGCUGGAGGAGCUGACAGACGGCAGUCAGAGCAUGUUGCGGGAGAUCGCCACCCUCCGCAGCCAGCUCAGCAUCCCUGAAUGGAGACCAGAGCAGCGUGCUCCGUUGCCCCUGGCGAUGCGUGGACGCAGAGCGCUGGUCGACGACCUUUCGUUGGAGAACUCUGACUCAGAGGAGCCCCCAGCCUCCCCGACCCCCUCCUCUGGACUCCCAGGGACCACGACUCCCUCCUCUGAACACGGACUGGACCCUCCGCCGCCCUACAGCGUCAACAACACAGAGUGACGCACACAUAGACUCAGUCACACACACACACAAACACGUCGGCCUCUCACAGCCUCGACUACUCAGGGGUGAAGGAGUGACACGAACACAGCACAUAACAACACUGAAGUUUCUAAAAGUAAAUUUAGGAUGAAUACAUCAGGCGCUAUAACUGUACAACAACCUCACUGAAAAACAGAAAGUGUAAAAAUUAGAUUUCUUUCAAAGAGGCAACUGGAAUUAAUUUUUAUUUUGUGACAAAAACAACAUAACAAAGACUGGAAAUGUCCACAUUACAUGUAAAGCACUAACCUAAACUACAUUUCCCAGAGUUAAGAGGGGAAAGUGAAUUAUUAUCAACUAAUUUCUUGAUGCUGUACAGUAAUUACAGAGCAGAACAUAUGGUGGUCACGUCUUUUACAUUAGGAGGUAUUUAAAAGAUGAGCCAUGUUCAACCCUUUGAUGAGGAUUUUAUAUAUAUAUAUAUGUGUGUGU